AUGGCUCCUCAGAUGAAAGGAUUGACUCAAUUCAUUAUUGAUUUGAGGAAUUCGAAGGAUUUGCAGGAAGAAAAUAAACGAAUCAACCUAGAAAUCAAUAACAUCCAGACUAAAUUUAACUCCACUUCAAAUCUUAAUGGGUACCAAAAGAGAAAAUAUAUUUGUAAAUUGAUCUAUAUAUAUUUAUUGGGUUACACUGAGGAUAUUGAUUUUGGGCUAAAAGAAAGUUUUGAUUUGAUUCAAUCGAAUAAUUAUUCAGAGAAACACCUUGGAUAUUUAUCCAUUUCAAUUUUAAUUAAUCAUAAUAAUAUCAAUAAUAUCAGUAAUAAUUCAAUUAAAUCUCAUUUGGAUGAUCUUUUGGACUUGGUCCAUCCUUAUUUAAUCAAAGAUUUACAAUCAAAUAAUGAAGAUUUUAAUUGUUUAGCAAUUCAAUUCAUUUCUUCAAAUUUUAAUGUUUUCGCUGAUAAUAAUAUUCAAAAUUCAAUUACAAAUUCUCCCUUUUUACCAAAACAAUUCUUAAUAAAUGAAACUGAUGAAAAUUCAGGUCAGUGGUUAGAAAUCAUCGAUAUAACUUAUAGUUUAUGUUGUUCUCCAAUUCAAAAACCUUUAUUAAAGAAAAAGGCAGCUAUUUCUUUAUUAAUUUUAUUAAAAUUAUAUCCUCAAGUUAUAAUCUCAAAUGAUAAUUGGAUUCCUCGUUUAUUAAGUUUAAUCGAUGAUAAAAAUUUGGGUACUAUAUUAUCAAUAAUUCCUUUAAUUCAAUUUUUAACUAGUUUAAAAGUUUCUUAUGUUAAAUCCAUCAUUCCUUCGAUCUCAAAUACUUUAUAUAAUUUAAUCAUUGAUAACAAAUGUCCAAGUGAUUACUACUAUUAUGAUAUCCCAGCUCCUUGGUUAAUUGUUAAAUUACUUCAAUUAAUUGAACAUUUCUUCUUAUUAACCGAUAAUCAAGAACCAAUCAUUCUAAUUAAUGAUUUAGAUUCAACUACUUUAAAUAAUUUAAGACAAGUUGUUGCUAGAUCAAUUCAAAAUGCUUCCCAACCAAUAAAAGGUUUACCAAAUAGAAAUUCACAAUCUUCAAUAUUAUUUCAAGCGGUGUCUUUAGCAGUUUUUCUUGAUGCUUCUCCUGAUGCAAUUGAUGGUGCCAUUCAUGCCUUAAUGACCUUAUUGGAAUCUAAUGAAACUAAUACCAGAUAUUUGGCCUUGGAUGCGCUAGUUAAACUAACAGCUCGUGCUUCUUCCUCGGUAGCUGCUUCAAAUACCAAAUCUUCAAAUUUUUCAAAUUAUUUAUCAAAAAUUUUCCAAUUAUUGAAUGAUAAAGAUAUUUCAGUUCGUAAAAAAGCUUUGGAUUUAUUAUAUACAAUUUGUAAUUCCUCAAAUUAUAAUAUUAUAAUCUCAAAGCUAUUAGAUUAUUUCCCUUUAUCGGAUUUAUCUAUUCGUUCAGAAAUUGCAGUUAAAAUUGCUAUAUUGGCUGAAAAAUUCGCUACGGAUUCUACUUGGUACGUAACUACAAUGUUAAUUUUAUUAUCAAUAGGUGGUUCAAAUAGCGCUGCUGGCUCAAUCAGUUCAGUUAAUUAUAUCGGUAGUGAAGUUUGGGAAAGAAUUGUUCAAAUUAUUGUAAAUAAUGAAAAUUUACAAAAAACUUCUUGUAAAUUAAUUGUUAAUUUAUUGAAAAAAUCUUCUUCGAACCAUGGUCAUCUAAAUAAUCAAAAUGUUGGAAUUUCAGAGAAUCUCAUUAAAGUAGCAGCUUUCAUUUUAGGUGAAUAUGGGUAUUUAAUUCAAUCAGAAGUCAUGGAAGAUGAUAAUGAUGAAAAUUUAUUGAAAGAUGAUAAUAUUUACACAACUAAUCAAUUUCAAUUGUUGUAUGAAUCUUACUUCAAAGUUAGUUUAAUAACCAGAUCAAUGCUAUUAUCAACGUUUUUGAAAUUCGUAAUUAGAUUUCCAAAUGAAGAUUUCAUACCAGAUAUUCUUGAUUUAUAUGAAGUUGAAAACCAAUCUUUGGAUCUAGAAAUUCAAACAAGAGCUUUUGAAUAUUUGAAAUGUUCCACUUUGAUACUUUCUAAUACUAUCAGUUCUACAAAUUUAGUCAAAUCAAUUUUGAAGCCAAUACCUCCUUUUGAAAAGAAAGAAAGUCCUUUAAUGAAUCGUCUUGGUAGUGUUCAAAAACUAGUGGGUAAUAGAAAUCGGUCCUCAUCAUAUGUUAACGUUUCAAAAAUUACUAACAAUUCAAAUAUUUUCAAUAACUCUCGUAACUCGUCUGCUUCAAAUUUGGCUCCUCCUACAACUUCAUUCAAUAAUAUCAAUGAUCCCCGUAGAGCAUCCUCUUCUAGUCUUGCAGCAUCAAUUGAUGAAGAAAACCCGGAAGAUUUGUCCAGUGAUGAAGAUGCUAAUCCUUUUGAUGAAUCGAUAAAUCAACCAGUUAGAGUAAGUCCCAAUUGGUAUCCUGGUUAUCAUCGUAUGCUACAAUAUGAUGCAGGUAUUUUUUAUGAAAAUCAAUUGAUCAAAAUUACUUAUAGAAUAACCAAAAACGGUCCUGUUAUUAAGAUAACUUUUACUUUUAUUAAUAAUGCUGCUAAAACUGCUAAUACUAAUAUAACUGGUUUAUCGGUAUUAGAAUUUAAGGCAAGAACUACAACGGAGGACCCAAAUUACUUAAUUAAUAUUAUUGAACCUCCCAAAUCAACAGUUAUCGAUAAAACAAGCAUGGAUGUUGAAAUAAAAAUCAGAAAUAUUGUGGAGAUUAAUGAAAGCCCCGUCUUAUCAUUAUCCUUUAAAUGUAGUGAAUCAUUUAAUCAAUUGAAUUUGAAGAUUCCCGUUUCCUUAUUAAAAACUUUAACUUCAACCUCGAUGGCAAGCUUAGAUGAUUUUAAGAGAAGAUGGCUACAAAUAGGUGAAUCUUUGGGUCUUGCUCAAGGUGAAUACAUUGUGAAUACAGUCACAACCCAUCGUUAUAAUUCAUCUAAUAUUGUCAGGCUUUUGGGUCGUUUGGGAUUUGCAGUUGUUCAUAGCACCCCUGACACUUUUGAAAAUGGUAUUCUAGUAAUGGGAGCAGCUAUUUUGUAUACUGUGAAAUCCAAUUAUGGUGUGCUUGUGAGCGUGAAAAGCACCGACUCCGUUGGCAAAGAAUUUGACUUGGUAGUAAGAUGUACUGGAGGUGGAGUUUCAGAAAUCAUUGCAUUAACCUUAAAAGAAAUCUUUGAAGGUAAAUUUUAAUUAAUAUUCACUUUUUUCUUCUUUCUGGUUUUUCUUAAUUCCUUUUGUAUAAACUAUUUUUAAUAUGC